AUGAGCCCUGAGAACCUGAGCUGCGUGUCUGAGUUCCUCCUCCUGGGUCUCCCCAUCCGGCCAGAGCAGCAGGCCGUGUUCUUUGACCUGUUCCUGGGCAUGUACCUGACCAUGGUGCUGGGGAACCUGCUCAUCAUCCUGCUCAUCCGGCUGGACUCUCACCUCCACACCCGCAUGUACUUCUUCCUCAGCCACUUGGCUCUCACUGACAUCUUCUUUUCAUCUGUCACUGUCCCUAAGAUGCUGACGGACACAAAGUACAAAUCUAUCCCCUAUGAGGAGUGCAUUUCUCAGAUGUAUUUUUUUGUAUUUUUUACUGACCUGGACAGCUUCCUUAUUACAUCAAUGGCGUAUGACCUAUAUGUUGCCAUAUGUUACCCUCUCCACUACACUGCCAUCAUGAGGGAAGGGCUCUGUGCCUUCUUAGUGGCUGUAUCUUGGAUUCCAUCUUGUGCUAGCUCCCUCUCUCAUACCCUUCUGCUGACCUGGCUACUAGCAUCAUGGAGUGGGAACCAGAGCAGCAUAUCCGAGUUCCUCCUCCUGGGUCUCCACAUCUGGCCAGAGCAGCAGGCCAUGUUCUUUGCCCUGUUCCUGGGCAUGUACCUGAUCACGGUGCUGGGGAACCUGCUCAUCAUCCUGCUCAUCUGGCUGGACUCUCACCUCCACACCCCCAUGUACUUCUUCCUCAGCCACUUGGCUCUCACUGACAUCUCCCUUUCAUCUGUCACUGUCCCUAAGAUGUUAAUGAGCAUGCACACUCAGGAGCAAUCUAUUCCCUUUGCAGGGUGUGUAACCCAGAUGUAUUUUUUCAUAUUUUUCACGGUUCUGGACAAUUUCCUUCUCACCUCAAUGGCAUACGAUCGAUACGUGGCCAUCUGUCACCCACUCCGCUAUACUACUAUCAUGAAAGAUGGACUGUGUACCUUACUAGUAGCUGUGUGCUGGAUCCUCUCCUGUACCAAUGCCCUGACUCACACUCUCCUCCUGGCCCAGCUGUCCUUUUGUGCUGACAACACCAUCCCCCAUUUCUUCUGUGACCUUGCUGCCCUACUCAAGCUGUCAUGCUCAGACAUCUCCCUCAAUGAGCUGCUCAUUUUCACAGUGGGACUGGCAGUCAUUACUCUACCACUAAUAUGCAUUUUGAUCUCUUACGGCCACAUUGGGGUCACCAUCCUAAAGGCUCCAUCUACCAAGGGGAUCUUCAAAGCCUUGUCCACCUGCGGCUCCCACCUCUCUGUGGUGUCUCUGUAUUAUGGCACAAUUAUUGGACUGUAUUUUGUCCCCUCAUCCAGUGUCUCCAGCGAUAAGAACAUAAUUGCCUCUGUGAUGUACACGGUGGUCACCCCAUUGCUGAAUCUCUUCAUUUACAGCCUAAGGAACAGGGACAUAAAGGGAGCCCUGGAGAGACUCUUCAACAGGGCAAUAGUCUUAUCUCAGUGA